AUAAUGGAGGCAAACAAAACACAGGUGACUGAGUUUGUUCUCACAGGACUUACAGAUCGUCCAGGGCUGCAGGUCCCCCUGUUCCUGCUGUUCUUGGUCAUCUACCUCACCACCAUGCUGGGCAACCUGGGACUGAUUUUACUCAUCUGGAGGGACCCCCACCUUCACAUCCCCAUGUACAUAUCCCUUGGGAGUUUAGCCUUUGCAGAUGCUUGUUCUUCCUCCUCUGUGACUCCUAAGAUGCUAAUUAAUUUUUUAUCUAAGAAUCACAUGAUAUCCCUUGCUGAGUGCAUCACCCAAUUUUAUAUUUUUGCUUCCAGUGCAAACACAGAAUGUUUCCUCCUGGUAGUGAUGGCCUAUGAUCGCUAUGUAGCCAUAUGUAACCCCUUGCUUUAUCCAGUGGUGAUGUCCAAUAUCUUCUGCAUUCAAUUAUUAAGUGUUUCGUAUAUUAUUGGGUUUCUUCAUCCCAUGAUGCAUAUUGCUUUGUUAUUUAGAUUAACUUUCUGCAAGUCCAAUGUAAUACAUUAUUUCUACUGUGAAAUUUUACAACUGUUUAAGAUUUCCUGUACUGAUCCUGGAGUUAAUAUGCUCCUGAUUUUUAUAUUUUCAGUCUUUAUACAAGCUUUCACUUUUAUGACCAUCAUGGUCUCUUAUACCCGUGUCCUCUUUGCCAUCCUGAAAAAGAAGUCUGAAAAAGGCAGGAGCAAAGCCUUCUCCACGUGCAGUGCCCACCUGCUCUCUGUCUCCUUGUUCUAUGGCACUCUCUUCUUCAUGUAUGUGCGUCCUGGGUCUGGCCCCGCUGAAGAUUAUGACAAAAUGUAUUCUUUAUUUUAUACAAUCGUAAUUCCCCUGCUAAAUCCUUUUAUUUACAGUCUGAGAAACAGAGAGGUUAUCGGUGCCUUGAGGAGAAUAAUAAAUAAAUAA